AUGCCGUCCUCCGUGCCGGUGCACGCGCCGCCGCCGCAGAUGCCCGGCAACCUCGUGCCUAACGAAGAUGCUCGAGGUCUCAAGGAAGAUGUCGCAGCGCUUCUGGAGCGUGACAGGAUGGGCUUUCCUGGCGCGCAACCCGUCUCCUUUGGUCGCGAUCACUUGGCCGAGCUUCAAAAACGCGAAUACUUCAUGUGCGAAAAGACCGACGGACUCAGAGUCCUCUUGUUCAUGCAUUGGUUUGACAAUGGUUCAGGCCCUCGGCCGCUCACUUUUCUUAUCGACCGGAAGAAUAACUUCUACAACAUCGACCCCCCCAUAAGAGUACCAUACUGGCAAGAUCCAAAUGACAGGGAGAAGUUUCUCUUCGGCACGAUAUUAGAUGGAGAGUUAGUGAACGACCAGUACCCGGGGGAACCAGCACCUCGCCUGAUCUACUACGUCUUCGAUGCACUCGUCGUAGACGCCCAGAAUGUCACACAAAAGGGCAUGGACAAGCGUCUUGGCCGUAUGAAGGAGCAUGUUCUGAAGCCUUACAACAAGUGGCUUGAGCAGAACCCCUCCCUCAACGUCUCGCACAUGCACCCUUUUCGCAUCAAGGAGAAGAUGAUGCAUCAAUCAUACCACUUGCAACACGUUUUCAGCAGCAUUCUUCCCACGCUAAAGCACGGCAACGACGGUCUCAUCUUCACGUGCAAGGACACACGAUAUCAGUUCGGAACCGAUCAGCACAUCCUCAAGUGGAAGCCUCCUCAUGAGAACACUAUAGACUUCAAGCUUCGCCUGGGCGAGUUUCCCCUUAUCGACCCUGAAGAUGGCGAAGAAAGUCCUGUUCCAGAUUACGACGCACUCCCCUCACCCGUUGAGCUCCACGUACAACACAACAAUAAUGACUACCGAACCUUCGCUAGACUCGACCUCACCCCGGAAGAGUGGAAGAUCCUCAAAUCCCUCAACCAACGCCUCGAUGGUCGCAUCAUCGAAUGCUACCGCGCUACUAACGGACAAUGGAAGUACAAAGCGGAAGCGGAUGGUACGCCACGAUGGCGCGACGACAAAAAGGAUGCAAACCACAUCAGCACUGUCAAAAGCGUGAUUGCAAGCAUCGAGAACCCCGUAACGGAGCUAGACCUACUAGGCUACGAGCAGAAGAUCAAGGAGGCUGUCUACCGUAUCCAGGGCAGGCCAUUACCUGCACAAAGUGGUGAGGAAGAGCGAGAGGCGAAGAAGAGGAAGUACAGUGAGGCAAAUGGGCAGCAGUAG